AUGGUUUUCGGACUGACUGCGGCACAACCGCAGUGUGGGCCUGAGUGUGAAGAGAUGGACGAAUGUUCAUCUGGCUAUAUUUCAGAUUUGGAAGGUUUUGGUACAAGAUGUAGCGUCCGGGAUUCGGACUGCAUCACCAGACAGGUGCAACUUAAAACUGCAGCCAUUACCUCCAAUGUCAUGUCGGAGAUGACAGCUCGAUCGUUGGAUCCACUGAUCAUAGAUGCCGCUGAGAUAGACUUCGCUGGAUUAAAGAUUAACUUCUACAAAGGAGUUGUUAAUAGCUUAAGCGGUUUCGAGGUUGAUAAAAUUGAGAUUAACCCAGAAGCAAAACAGAUGCACUUGGUAGCUCACACCGACGCUGUAGUGCAAGGACGGUACAGCAUCGAUGGAAAUGUCUUAGGUUUUAAGGUCGAUCAUGAUGGAGACGCAGCAGUUGAUUCAAAGAACUUCCAAAUAGAGUUCGUCAUACCAUUUGACAUUGUAAAAGAUGCGUCCGGCAGAAACGUAUUCGAUCUUAAAGGAUACCAAUACACGUACGACAUUAAGGACAAGGUGGAAUACAACAUCGGUAACUUGUUCCCAGGCUACCCAGGAAUUAAUUGGGGAGGGUUUGACUCAAGAUGUAGCGUCCUGGAUUCGGACUGCAUUACCAAACAGGUGCAGGUCAAAACUGCAGCCAUUACGUCCAACGUCAUGUCUGAGAUGACAGCUAGGUCGUUGGAUCCGUUGAUCAUAGAUGCCGCGGAGAUAGAUUUCGCUGGAUUAAAGAUUAACUUCUACAAAGGAGUUGUUAAAAGCUUAAGCGGUUUCGAGGUUGAUAAAGUUGAUAUUGAUCCACAAGCAAGACAGAUGCGCGUGGUUGCUCAUACGGAUGCUUCAGUGCAAGGACGUUACAGCAUCGAUGGAAAGGUCCUAGGUUUUAACAUCAAUCAGGAUGGAAACGCAGAAGUUGAUUCAAAGAAUUUCCAAAUUGAGUUCGUCAUGCCAUUUGAUGUCGUAAAAGAUGCUUUGGGCAGGAACGUGUUCGAUCUUAAAGGAUACCAAUACACGUACGACAUUAAGGACAGGGUUGAUUACAACUUCGGUGAUUUGUUCCCAGGCUAUAAGACACUCAGCAACACGAUGCACCAGUUCAUCAACACAAGGUGGUCAAAGGCGAUCCUUACCACUUACGGAAAGCCGGUUCUAGACAAGGUCACGGCUAAAAUAUUUAACUCUUUCAGGUCCUACCUCUUGACACAACCCAUUGACGAAUUUCUGUAUUAG